CACUCACCUCGGUAUAUUCGUCAAGGCGACGACAGAAUUCUGUUUAAGAGAUGAUGCUAUAAGAAGACAGCUCGCACGGAGCCAUUCCUUUUCAUACACCCGUUCCCUCGUUCUCUCUCGACACAUUCGCAUUCGGCCCUUUGAGUCUGUGAACAAUGGCGCAGGCCAGCUCUCUGCUUCUCCUACCGGCCCUGGCACCUUCUUCGCCGUCGUCUUCGUUCAAAUCAGCCUAUAAGAUCACAUUUGAGUCCCUUCUCCCUAAGCUCGUCCCUGCCGACAAAGAGUCCACCUCUCGUCUGGACAUCGGCUUGGUCCUGUCCCCCUCUUACCCCCUGAGCACUAACUCCUCACGCGCCACCGUCUUUCCCCUCAUUCAGAAUCUCCUAAAGAAGACGUAUAGCCUUAUUUGCUCCGUCGCCGCCCAGCAAGAGAUCGACCUCGACUUUCCUGGCGGUAUCGAUGUGAGGAUAUUCAUUUUGGAAGCUCGGCUCGAUGGACUCCCUGAGAGUAUCGUUGGCAAGCAGUAUCUGUCCGGACCGAUAGUGGACAUCAAGACCUUUGCCCUCUCCGACCGGUCUUAUACGGCGCUUUUUUCCGUUGAAGGCGAGGCUCAAGAAGCUUCCCUCCAGCAAGUCAUCAGAAUAUGGAACUCCAAGUCCAACCCUCCGCCGCUACCGCCUAUCCACCGCCUCCAGAGUGGUCCCGCGAUUGUUCAUCCUGAGAGCUCCUCGCGGAAUCCCUCAGAACCGGUUAUUGAAGACGGACCGCUUACAAUCCACCGUUCUGUUGCUGUAGGGGGUACAUUCGACCACUUACACAUUGGCCACAAACUGCUCUUGACCGCCACUAUUCUGACCGCCGAGCCAGCCCAGUCUCCUUCCCCCAACCCCAAAGAGUCUCGAUUGAUCACGGUCGGUAUCACCGGAGACGAACUGCUCGUCAACAAAAAGUACGGUUCCCUGGUCGAACACUGGGAUGUCCGACAACAACGCACCGCGGAAUUCAUUGACUCCAUUCUGGCCUUCUACCCUCGCAAGUCAAGUACGAGCACAGCCCCAACCGCAACCGCUAACAGUCUCUCGACGACCGAGUAUAUCGAUGAGCCCGGACCAAACGGUAAAGUCGUCCGUGUCAAAUAUCAAUUCCCAAACUCUCCGACCAUAUCCGCAAGCACCAACAUGGCAGACAUGACGAUAAAUUACACCCAGAUUUCCGAUCCGUUUGGGCCCACCAUCACAGACCCCGAUAUCACUGCGCUGGUGAUUUCUGCCGAAACGCGCAGUGGCGGGAAAGCUGUCAACGACAAGCGGACAGAAAGAGGCUGGAAAGCACUGGAAGUUUUCGAGGUCGAUGUCUUGGAUGCAGGCGUCGGAUUAGACGACGACGACGACGACGGUGAUCUGACCGAGGACGCGCCAGGGAAGGAGGAGCAAAAGAAGGGGUUUGAGACUAAAAUCAGCAGUACCGAGAUAAGGAAGAGGUUACAGAACAGGGCGCCGACAAUACACCAGUAGAACACGCGCGACAGUCAGAGCAACAGCUGUUGGAAUACUAAAACCUGCUUAAAGUCGGAGCUCACUUGGAUCGCUGCAAUAGCCCAUACUAUGUCCAUAUAUCAAGGGAUAUACUGCGCCGAGAAUACUGCAGCACUACAUACAACCCGAGUCAUGAUUUAUAAUUGCAAUGUA